GGUAUUUUUUAUCUUUACAUCCUACUUCAGAGUGUUUCAGCAUAGUUCUUUUUUGCAAAGGAAGUUAACACUAAAACAAUGUCUCACAUGGAAGAACCAGCUGCGGUAAACUUUAUUAGUAAGUGAACUUUACAAUCAGCCCCCUACAAGCCAAAUCACAGGGGCAAAAGAGACAUCUUUGCUUUGACUAGUUUAAAGUGCAAGGUGUAAAAAUGACCAGCCUCUCCAGGAGUGCAGAUGACCAGAGAGGCAUCAGCGAGAGUCCAGCUCACAAACCGGAGACACCCAAGUACCGCAGCUGGAGCAGCCUCCGCUUCUCGAGAUGGAGAAGUGGUUCCCAGAGGACGAGCCCCCCCGCCACCCCCUCCCCAAAGACAGACAAGAGGUCCGAAGUGACCAAGACGCUCUUCUCCUUGGUCAAGACUCACAAUGACGACUACACAGCAGAUCCCGAUGGCCUGCUGGACACCAACGUGGACGGCGAAGAGGGCGAGGACGACACCCCGCAGGACCAGUCCACCUACUUCCAGAGGCAGUUUGGAUCCAUGCUGCAGCCCGGGGUCAACAAGUUCUCCCUGCGCAUGUUUGGCAGUCAUAAAGGAGUUGCUGCUGAGCAGGCCAGGGUCAAGAGCUUUGGAGUGUGGAUCAUCCACCCCUAUAGUGACUUCAGGUUUUAUUGGGACAUUGUGAUGCUCCUGUUGAUGAUGAGCAAUCUGGUCAUUUUACCAUGGGGAAUCACCUUCUUUGAAGACCAGAACACCAUGCCCUGGAUCAUCUUCAACGUCCUGUCUGACACUCUCUUCCUCAUGGACCUGGUUUUCAAUUUCCGCACGGGCAUCCCGGGAGAGGACAGCCACAUCAUCCUGGACCCCAGGGAGAUCCGCAUGCAUUACCUCCGCACCUGGUUCCUGGUGGACUUCGUCUCCUCCAUCCCCGUCGACUACAUCUUCCUCAUCGUCGACCUGGAGUCCCGGCACGAGUCGUCUGACGUGUACCGCACCGCCCGCGCCCUCCGCAUCGUGCGCUUCACCAAGAUCCUCAGUCUGCUGCGUCUUCUCCGGCUGUCUCGCCUCAUCCGCUACAUCCACCAGUGGGAAGAGAUUUUCCACAUGACUUAUGACCUGGCCAGUGCUGUGGUGCGUAUAGUUAACCUGAUUGGCAUGAUGCUGCUGCUGUGCCACUGGGAUGGCUGCCUGACCUUCAUGGUGCCAAUGCUGCAAGACUUCCCUCCAGACUGCUGGGUAUCCAAAAAUAACAUGGUGAAUUCCACUUGGCACAUACAGUACUCCUAUGCCCUGUUUAUGGCCAUGAGUCACAUGCUGUGUAUAGGAUACGGUGCCCACCCUCCAGAAGGCAUGACUGACGUUUGGCUCACCAUGAUCAGCAUGGUGGUAGGGGCCACCUGCUACGCCAUGUUCCUCGGCCAUGCAACUAACCUGGUCCAGUCGUUGGAUGCAUCACACCGCCAGUAUCAAGAGAAGUAUAAGCAAGUGGAGCAGUACAUGUCCUUCCAUAAACUACCAGCAGAUGUGAGACAGAGGAUCCACGAUUAUUACGAGCAGCGAUUCCAAGGCAAGAUGUUCGACGAGGACAGCAUCCUGGGAGAGCUCAGUGAUCCGCUGAAGGAGGAGAUUGUCAGCUAUAACUGCCGUGGGCUGGUAGCCAACAUGCCACUGUUUGCCAACACUGACCCUCAUUUUGUGACAGUGAUCCUGACCAAGCUGCGUUUCGAAGUCUUCCAACCCGGAGACUUGAUUAUACGAGAAGGAACGCUGGGUCGGAAGAUGUACUUCAUCCAGCACGGCACCGUCACCGUCAUCCCACGUGGCAGUAAGGAGAUUACACUCAACGAUGGAGCAUAUUUCGGGGAGAUCUGCCUGCUAACCCAAGGACGACGCACAGCCACCGUGAAGGCUGACACCUACUGUCGCCUUUACUCCCUGAGUGUGGACAGUUUCAACGAGGUCCUGGAGGAGCAUCCUCUGAUGAGGAGGGCGUUUGAGAGCGUGGCUGUGGACCGACUGGGCCGGGUUGCCCGCAGACCCAGUUAUCAGCCUCCUCCACCCGAGUGACGUCCUCAGUACCAACGGAGAGAGACUCUGGCCAGACAUGUGGAGGACAUUUGUCACACUUUGACUGAACAUGACCACAUAACAAAGAAACCUUCCAUGUAAACUCUUCUGAUUGCUGUUUACUUUAGUGCUCAGUAAUGGACAACCUCAUGGAGCCCCUCAGUUUUAUUUAUCAACAUAUUAUCGCUGCACUUGUACCUUCAUUUUGGUUUAAUUUCGUUACUUGAACUCAAUAAGCUACAUGAACUUUUUUGAGUUAGAUCUUUCUGCACUUUUCAUGUUAGACCCAUUGUGUCAUUUACAAACUGUAUUAUGAGAAAAAGAAUCACUAUUUUCUUGUUUCUUCUUUUUACCAAUGGCAACACUAGCUCUUCUGCUAUAAGAAUCACUUUCAGAUGCCUGUAUGCUUUCUGCGAUUUCAUUAUCUGUCGCAUCAUUCUAAAGAGGUAUUAGAUGCACACAGGAGCACCAGCUGGGCGAUACAUCAUACAGCUGUAAGUAGGGCUGAUUUAAAUGAUCCCUCAGGUCUGUAGGUUAAAUCAAGUCAGGGUUUAAUGCUGAUGUGCACUGAGGAUAAGCUGAUGUGAUGUAAUAACUGUACAGAGACAGAUUGUACACAGUCAUAGAUCACUGUUAAAAUUGAUACAUUUCAUUGUACUCACAUCUGAGCUUGGAGAAAGCUCACUAAAUGAAAAGUCUACCUUUGCAUCUCUACAAUUUAGUAUUAAAGGGAUUUUUUCCAUAUAUUUUCUUAAGUUUCUCACUUUGCUUUUGCAUCGCACAUUCAUUUGUUUUAAUUUUCUGAUGGCAUACAUUUGCAAACAUACUGUAUUUUGGCUUUUAAAAAAUGUUUAUGGACAUGAACCUUCAGGUGAUUAAUUAGCAGAUUAUAAACCCAUUUAAACAAAUACAACAGUGAGAACUACAAGCAAGGUUAAAGGUCCUUUUCAAACCAGAUAUUUUGACUUGUGAAAAAAGCAAAAUCGCAGUUGUUAAUAAUAAUAUUACCAAUUGUUCAUUCCUGUUCAGGCAUCCCAUAAAGCCAUGACAGUGUGACAGUGAGCCAACAUGGACAGUGCAAACCGAGGAAGCUACAUGUGAUUCCGCAAUAAUUAAAGUUAAUUACACCUGUGGAUUUCCUGCUUUGGUUAUGACUGUGAAAGACCUAGUAUGAGAGUCCCUGCUUAUCUUCUUCUUCAAAACUUGGCAAAUGUGAAUGACGUUACACUAACAGGUUGAGAGUCUAAUCAGCCAUGCAAUAAGAAGAAAUACUGACAUUGAAGAAGAAAUACUGACCCUGAUAAGACCAGUAGUAGUCUAAAUUAUCUGUAAGUCACCUUCUCUUAUGUAUGUGUGCUGUUAUUACUGUAUUGAUUGAUGCAGUGUAUUUCUUGCUGGUAAAUUUGAUGCAGAGAUAAAAUAUAUUUUAUUAUUGAAGUUUAAUUAAUAUUAUUGAAUUAAUCUAUCACAUUAAUUUGUUCAGUAUUGAUCAUAAUGCUUAGC